AUGCGGCGCAGAUGCACAUGGAACAUAUUUCAGUCCAUUGAGUACGCGGGAGAGCAAGACCAGAUCAAGCUUUACAAGUUUUUCAGUUACUUAAUGGAUCAUUUCACACCUGCCAGCAGUGAAAGAAAUCUGAUAUCUCACAUUUUCCAUGAAAAUGAGACGUGCCAUGAUGUGGAAUGGGAGCAGUAUUUUCUCUACAAAAGCAUCGACAUACCUGAGGGCUACUCUGGUCCACAUCUGACUUUCCCUCUGACGUUCUGUGGGGUGUCCAGGUUAGUGGAGGCCUUUAAGCACAAACAACUGCUCCACGCACGCUACGUUCUGCAGCUUCUCGGAGAAACUUGGAAACUUUUGAGAUUUCUCCCAAAUAUUGCUUAUGUGUCGACGGUCCACGCCAGAGAGAUCACUAUAUGUGGAGAUCUGCACGGGCACCUGGAAGACCUGCUUUUGAUCUUUUACAAGAACGGGCUGCCGUCUUCAGAGAGACCAUAUGUUUUCAAUGGAGACUUUGUGGACCGUGGCAAAAACUCUCUGGAGAUUCUGCUCAUUCUGUUUGGGUUUCUGCUGGUUUACCCGAACGACGUCCACUUGAACCGGGGAAACCAUGAGGACCAUAUGGUGAACCUCAGAUAUGGUUUUAAUAAAGAAGUCCUGGGAAAGUACAGGGUGCAUGGCCAGAGGAUACUGAGGCUGGUGCAGAAGAUUUUCAGCUGGUUGCCUCUGGCCACAGUGAUCAAUCACAAAGUUCUGGUGGUGCACGGGGGCAUCUCUGACACCACCGACCUCGACACGAUAUACAAAGUGGACAGGCACAAGUAUGUGUCGGUCCUGAAGCCUCCCAACAAGAAACCAAACGGGGCUAAAGACGGAGGCCGGAGAAGAGUGCGUUCCCUUACUUACAGCGGCCCCAAAAUGGGUCAAAGACAGGACAUUCCACGGCGCUCGCUGGAUAACCUGCCCACCAACGCAUGUAACAACCGUUCAGUGGCUGCAGAAGUGAAGAGGAGUCAGAGAGAGAGAUACCGCACCUAUGGCUAUCCAGACCCUGAAGUGACAGAGACGGAGGACAAGCAGUUGAAACAAAUCGUGGAUAUACUGUGGAGUGACCCAAUGUCUCAGAAUGGCUGUACCCCCAACGAAGUACGAGGAGGCGGCUGCUACUGGGGGCCUGACGUCACAGAGGAGGUGCUAGCAAGACAUAAACUGCAUCUCCUGAUUCGCUCUCACGAAUGCAAACAGGAAGGAUACGAGUUCUGCCAUAAUCACAAAGUGUUGACUAUAUUCUCAGCCUCGAAUUACUACGACAUCGGCAGCAACAGAGGCGCAUACAUCCGGAUGGGCCCUGAUCUUGUCCCUCACUUUAACCAGUACCAGGCCAGCCGCACCUGCAGAGAGCUCACACUGAGACAGAGCGUCGGACAAACAGAAAAGUCCGCUCUCAAAGCACUGCGGGAACAGCUCUUUGCUCACAGGUCAAGUCUCAUCAGUGCCUUCCAGGAGUUUGACAUCAACAAUACAGGGUUGAUCUCCCUCAGUCAGUGGGCUGGAGCCACAGAGCGGGUCCUGAAGCUGGGGCUGCCCUGGAGGGUGCUGCGGCCUCAGCUCAUCACCAGCACAUGGGACACCAUGGUGGACUACCAGAAGUGGAUACGAGAGUUCUCCAUCACAGAGACCAGACUCGACAUUUCAGAUACCAGCAUUCUGGAGAUGAUGUACAAACACCACUCGAACCUGGAGACCAUUUUUCGGAUCAUUGACACCGACCAUUCUGGUCUGAUAUCGUACGAAGAGUUCCGUCAAACUUGGAAGCUGCUCAGUUCUCACUUGCAGUUGGAAAUCAGCAACAAAGCGAUCUCAGAUUUGGCCCAAAGUAUCGAUUUCAACAAAGACGGCAGCAUUGACAUUAAUGAGUUCAUGGAGGCGUUCAGACUGGUGGACCUCUCUGCACACGCCCAGUAG